AUGGUUGAGGACUGGGCCUUGGAGGUUGGCCUGGACGUCCUCAACAGGGGUUCCGUCGCCACGUGUGUGCGGAUGCGGGCGUGUUGUCGACUGGCGAGUAAUGGAGGCGGUGGAGACGCUGUCGGACCACCGGUAUAUCCGGUUCGACGUCUCCACCGAUCCCUCGAGCGCGCCAGUCCGACGGGCCCCAAGUGGUCCACGUUGGGCGUUGAGACAGCUGGACAGGAGCUCCUCCUGGAAGCCUCCAUCGUCCAGUCCUGGGUGCAAGCACCGGUCAGGCCGGACGAUGUGAAUAACGAGGCCGACUGGUUCCGGGAGGCUAUGUCCUCUGUCUGCGACUCGGCAAUGCCCCGAGUCCGCCGAAGCCAAGCGCGAGUGCAAGGUGUACUGGUGGUCGCGGAGCUGGCAUCGCUCCAGGCGGCGUGCUAUGCCGCGCGACGCCGGUACACCAGGUACCGCCAAAUCCGCAUCCGGCCUGUGGAUGCGGUGGCUCGAGAGGCGGAGCUAUACCAGGGGUACAGAGACGCAAAAGACGCUCUCUCGGGCGCGAUUCUAGAGUCUAAGAAUCGCGCCCACCAGGAGUUGCUGGAGUCUCUUGACGCAGACCCGUGGGGACGUCCUAAAAUGAUGCGGAGCAAGCUCCGCAUCUGGGCGCCCCCACUGACGCAGAGUCUCCGGCAGGAACUGGUCGAGGGCGUCGUUGGCGCUCUGUUCCUGCACUAG